CGCUGCCGCUUCCGGUUCCGGUAGCGACUUGUAACGUUCUGUCUCAGGCGCUGGCCAUGGCAGGCAGCCGGUUGGAGACCGUGGGGAGCAUAUUUUCGCGGACUCGGGACCUGAUUCGGGCUGGGGUGUUGAAGGAGAAGCCCCUCUGGUAUGACAUAUAUAUUGCUUUUCCCCCGCUGAGGGAGCCGGUCUUCCGAAGGCCCCGCUUGCGGUAUGGCAAAGCCAAAUCUCCCAUCCAGGACAUCUGGUACCACGAGGAUCGGAUCAGAGCGAAAUUUUAUUCAGCCUAUGGAUCUGGUCAAAAGGCUUUUGAUCUGUUCAAUCCAAACUUCAAGUCUGUCUGUCAACGGUUUGUGGAGAAGUACAUUGAGCUGCAGAAACUUGGAGAAACAGAUGAGGAAAAAUUAUUUGUGGAAACAGGGAAAGCUUUAUUGGCAGAAGGUGUCAUUUUAAGACGUGUAGGAGAAGCAAAGACUCAACAGGCAGGUAGUCACGUUUCCUGGAAAUCUGAAAACAUGAGUGUCAGACCCCAAACUGAGUUGGAAGAAAACCAGCCUAAGAAAGAGGUUCCGCAGGACCAGCAUUUGGAGGCAUCUGAAGAACAGACAAAAGGUCUCUCUCCUCCCUGAAGACUUGUGUACUGUGUAUACUGACAUCCACACUCUGCUCACUAACUGAAUGUUGAACUAUUUUUAACAGUUGAACUGUGUAAAUGUUUCUUGAUCUCUAAGGCACUGUUUGCCUUCUCUUAGUUCUCAUUUCUGGGUUGUCAUAAAACUCAGUAUCAUAGUUUGACAGAAGCAGUUAUGUGAACUUUUAUGUUAGGACAUUACUAAAUAAAGAAUUCCCUAGCUGCUUAUAAAGUAAAUUUACUUUGAAAUUGUAAAUAACAUGAGGAAACCUUUAUAAAGAGUGUUUGAAGGGGACUCA